UAUGGUUGGGUCACAACAUGAGGAGCUGUAUUUAAAGGGCCAGAAGGUUGAGAACCACUGUCCUAGGCCAAAGUCGUGAGGAUUGCAGGGUAGUGUCUCGAACGGGCCUGGAGGAGCAGCUUACCUGUCCCUGCCCUCGGCUCCCUGCUGCAGAGGAGCCCAAGAGGUGUCACAGGGAGCAGUGGGGCUUUGAUUCUUCAGUUAACUGUCACCCUCUCCCCUCCCCCUCACCACAAACGCCAGGAUCUGCCAGGACAGGGCAGCCCCUAAAGCUCCCACAGGAGCCCAGGGCCUCAGGUGCCACACGAGGCUGCUUCUCUCUCUGUCUCCGACAGAUCGGCCGCUGGACUUUGCUGGGGUAGGGUCUGAGCAGAGAGUCUGCCUGGGCAUGGCUGAGUCUGGAGUGGGAGCUGGGGUACAGGAGGAACAAACCCCUGGGAAGGUGCAUAUCCAGAUGGGAGUUCAGUCUCCUUCCAGAGGCAGCUCCCCUGGGCACUGCUCACCAAACCCCUUGGGCCAUGGGCGCCUGGAGGAUAGACGGACCAGGGGCCUAAUGUGUGGGAGUAUCUGGAAGCAGGAGUCAGGGUUCAAAAUGAGAACUCAGUUGUUCCUCCUGGGAGCCCCAGCAACCUCUUCUCCCCACCUCCCCCAGAUACCAGGCAUCGUUGGGCCCUUGGCCCCAUGGACCCCCUAAGGCGAUCCCUCUCCCCCUGCUCAUCAAGGCCCACCUCCUGCGAGAUGCUUGGUUAUGUGGGCAUCGAGGCCGUGCUGGACCAACUGAAGAUCAAGGCCAUGAAGAUGGGUUUUGAGUUCAACAUCAUGGUGGUGGGGCAGAGUGGGCUGGGCAAGUCCACGAUGGUGAACACACUGUUCAAGUCCAAAAUAUGGAAGUCCACCCCAUCGGGCCUGGCGCUGGGGCCCAUGCCCCAGACGCUGCAGCUGCACUCGAUGACCCAUGUCAUCGAGGAGAAAGGUGUGAAGCUCAAGCUGACCGUGACCGACACGCCUGGCUUUGGGGACCAAAUCAACAAUGACAAGUGGGGCGACUACCCAAAGGACCCAGGGAGACAGGUGGGGCUCCUGGGCACAGCCCUGAGGUCGGGUCCAUCCCCCACCCCAGCUGGGACCCCAUCCUGGGCUACAUCAAUGGACAGUAUGAGCAGUACCUGCAGGAGGAGAUCCUCAUCACCCGCCAGCGCCACAUCCCCGACACCCGAGUGCACUGCUGUGUGUACUUCGUGCCGCCCACUGGGCACAGGUGAGGUGGCUGGGCCGACCAGGGCAGAGAGGAGGAGUGGGGAGAGGAGAAGGAGGGGUUCCCGGCAUGGGCUGUGGGCUGGCAUCCCCUCACUCACACACUUGCUGCUGCCACUACCACCACCAUCACUGUCCUGCCUGAGCAGCCUGCGGCCCCUGGACAUUGAGUUUCUGCAGCGGCUGUGCCGGACUGUGAACGUAGUGCCUGUGAUCGCUCGGGCAGACAGCCUGACCCUGGAGGAGCGAGAGAACUUCAGGCGCACGAUCCAGCACAACCUGAGGACUCACAGCAUCGAUGUGUACCCACAGCAGUGCUUCGAUGAGGACAUCAAUGACAAGAUCCUCAACUGCAAGAUCCGGGACCGGAUCCCCUUUGCUGUGGUCGGGGCUGACCGAGAGCACAUGGUGAACGGGAGGUGUGUGUUGGGCCGGAAGACAAAGUGGGGCAUCAUUGAAGUGGAGAACAUGGAGCACUGUGAGUUUCCCCUCCUGAGAGACCUGCUCAUCCGUUCCCACCUCCAAGACCUGAAGGACAUCACCCACAAUGUCUACUACGAGAACUACCGUGUCUGCAGACUCAACGAAAGCCACAUGCUGCCCCGGGGGCCCGGCUGGGUGAACCUGGACCCGACCCCUGCCAGUGCCCCGGCCAUCCCCGGGCCCUCCAAGGGGUGCCGAUGGGCCCAGGGCAAUCCCUCCGAGGACUACUGAACACAGCACACCCCGGGCCACUUGGGCUUCCCAAGUGCUCAGCAGCCCCCCCCCCCAACACCUGUGUCCUAGGACAUAUAUUAAAGGUGGACAUUGCUUUUUAUGACAAGCUGUGCUUUGAAAACAAAAGGAGUUUUGUAAAUGACUUCUUUGAGCUACCCUCAAAAAAAAGAUGGGUUCUUUUUUAAGUAACAGCAUGACACCCAGGCCCCGGGGCGUCAUGAAGCCCUGGGGCGGGGGGGUGCCUUGAUGAUGGACUCCCUUCUGCCCCAGAACUAGAGUCGAGUUCUAAAUCAGAC